AUGGCCGUAGGAUAUUCUUAUUUUGAGUUCGACGAUCGGGAGAAGCAACGCUGCGAUACGAUGCUACGGUCACUGAUUGCUCAAUUAUCACUGCAAGGCCGUGAAGCUCACAAACCAUUGGACAAAUUGUACUCAGAUUGUGGCAGAGGUGCACCAGAACCAUCAUCGCCUAUGCUAUUGAACACCCUCAGAAACACUGUGAAAAGCUUCACGGACGUUUUCAUCAGUCUCGAUGGGUUGGAUGAAUGCAAGGAAAGUGACGAUCUGGCAACGAAUAUUGGCGAAAUGGCUGGGUGGGACAUUGUGGGCCUGCAUACGCUGGUCACAAGCUGGCAGGAGAAAGACAUAGAAGAAUUACUGUCUAUAGUCCUUGAUGAUAAGUACAAAGUCUCUUUGCAAUCUCUCCCAAAAGAUCUACAUGAUACGUACGCACAAACACUGAAAGCCAUCGACAGUGAAGGGUAUGGUGAGCAUAUUGCGAAGAUCGUGCAGUGGCUGGCGUAUUCAACGCGGCGUAUCUCCCUCACGGAAAUCGCUUCAUAG